UAUGAUAGCUGUCUAAUCUAAUAACAGCUUUCAUAUUUGUACUUUUAUUAGUUUAAACUGUUGAGUUAAUGUUGUCUUUUUGUUAAGAUUUUUCUAUAUAGAGAGAAGAAGUUGCAACUUACAAGAAAUCGUAAUCGCUGCUUUCUCUCUUUUUUGCUGCAGUUCUGAAAGGUUCCCCUUUCUCAGCGUUGAGUUCUCUGACACUCUUCUUUUCAUCAAGUUUUCCGUGAAUUCUACCUGAGGUGUCGGAAGCUGCAACCAUGAAUUUGGCAUCGGGCCUUGGUGGAAAGAUUGACAAAUCCCAAGUUCAGUCUGCUAUUGACGAGUAUGAGAAGUAUCAUGUGUAUUACGAAGGCAAAGAGGAAGACAGGAAAGCCAAUUACGCUGAUAUGGUUAAUAAAUACUAUGAUCUUUCAACCAGCUUUUACGAGUUUGGCUGGGGACAAUCAUUCCAUUUUGCACCCAGAUGGAUUGGGGAAUCACUUCAGGAAAGCAUCAAAAGACAUGAGCACCACCUUGCUUUACAACUAGGCCUGAAGCCGGGACUAAAGGUUUUGGAUGUCGGGUGUGGAAUUGGGGGGCCACUUAGAGAAAUUUCUCGAUUCAGCUCAACAUCAAUCACAGGUUUGAACAACAAUGAGUACCAGAUAACAAGAGGAAAGGAACUCAAUCGCAUUGCUGGAGUGGACAAGACUUGCGACUUUGUCAAGGCUGACUUCAUGAAUAUGCCAUUCCCAGACAAUAGUUUUGAUGCAGCGUAUGCAAUUGAAGCCACCUGCCAUGCACCAGAUGCUUAUGGAUGCUACAAAGAGAUCUUUAGAGUGUUGAAGCCUGGCCAAUAUUUUGCUGCAUAUGAAUGGUGCAUGACUGAAGCGUUUGAUCCCAAUAAUGAAGAACACCAAAAAAUAAAGGCAAUAAUUGAGGUUGGAGAUGGACUUCCUGAUAUUAGAUUGGCCGAAAAGUGUGCUGAAGCUCUGAGGCAAGCAGGUUUUGAGGUAAUCAUGGAGAAAGAUCUUGCAGUUGAGUCUCCUAUUCCUUGGUACUACCCUCUGGACACAAGUCACUUCUCACUUAGUAGCUUCCGUCUAACAGCUGUUGGGAGACUUCUCACCAGAAACCUGGUCAAAGCUCUAGAAUUUGUUGGUUUAGCUCCAAAAGGAAGUCUAAGGGUUCAAGAUUUCCUAGAGAAGGCCGCAGAAGGACUAGUUGAUGGUGGAAAGAAACAGAUUUUCACACCAAUGUACUUCUUUUUGGCCCGGAAGCCUGAGUCUGGCACUCCCUGAGGUGCUGUUGCAAAAUUGCUUUCUAGAGUUAUUCCAAUUAAAGGAAGUAGUUUCUGUAAAAUUUUAAUG